GAGAGAUACCUGUUUAUUCGACGUUGUGCCAGUCAACAAGACAGUCGCAAGUUCGGAAGAGCAGCUUGGUCCAGUUGAAAAAUAACGACGAAGAAGCUAAGAAAAGGGAAACCAGCAUCAUGCAUCUCUUCGUACAAAGCAAGAAAAACUACGGACUUCUGGGGAUCACCGGAGAGGAGACCAUCCGGAACAUCAAGGAGCGAGUCUUCAAGCUGGAGGGUCUGCCCGUGGAACAACAGAUCCUGUACUACUCCGGCAAACCGCUAGAGGACGCUGCUACGCUGCUCGGCUGUGGGAUACCGGAUAUGGGGACACUGGACGUGAAUGUGCGCACACGUGGAGGAGCCACGUACAAGGUGACCUUCAAGACCCCGGAUGGAGAUAAGACGAUUGAGUGUCCCGAAGACGAAUUUCUUUUGGACGUAGCUGAAGAAAAAGACGUGGACAUCCCCUACGACUGCCGGGCGGGUGCAUGUUCCACCUGUACCGGUAAGAUCGUGUCUGGCACCGUGGACCAGAGCGACCAGACCUUCCUGUCCGACGAUCAAAUCGCAGCAGGAUACGUCCUGACCUGCGUGGCCCGCCCAACCAGCGACCUGGUCAUCACUACCCACCAAGAGGAGUCCCUCUACUAAGUCACAGCUGUCAGAAAUGCAAUCCUAGCAUGCUGAGCUAUAUUACCUUACUUCACGCUACUGCCUAACGCUAGUUCACCUUUUUCCGCGGGGUGACCUUUAUCCGUUGUCUUUAAAAACAGUACAUUUAGGAAUAUUUAGUCUGUAGACUGUGGUUUCAAAUUUGCAAUAUUUUCAAAAUGUUCCGAUUUGAAACCACCGUCCGUCGACUUCAUAUCCCUAAAUACGCUUUUUUACAAACAACGGAUAAAGGUGAACCAGUGUUGCAUCUUGGCGAUUUUAGUCUGUGUACCACGUUAGUUCACUAUUAUGUGUGUACUUGCAUUUUAAUACGCUUGCACUUAUGUACCAAAUAUUGUAUUAGCCCGAGAUCUCCAGAACGCUGUUGGUAGCACUGCAAUUUUAUUUCGAUGCGUUGGCCCUAUUAGCUCACCAAUACUUAAGAUAUGGUGUUCAUUUUUGUGAUGGUCAUAAUUGAUAUGAUAGAACUGGUGUAAGAAAAAUGUUAUGUUUGUAUAACCAACUCUUGCUCUGAAAAUUGAUGAUUAGCGGAUGACAUAUACACUGCAUUAGAACCAGGCCAAUCAGGAACAAGGAUUUCUUAGCACAUGACUACUUCCUUAGCCAAUAAGAAUGUGGCGCCACCUGAAAAAUACUUGUCGGUUGACCUUCUGUUUACAGCCUUCGCAUUCGCUUACACUCUGUCUAUCUGAAAACAUGUACGAUGUGGUGUCGGAGGAAAUAAAAUCGGUUAACACAAA